UUUAUUUCCAGCUCAACGACCCGGUUCUUGUGCGAAUGCAGAACAUGCAAAAGGGUGUUCAAUGUUGGGUACCAGGUCACGUGGCUGGAGAAGCUCAGAUCCCAGCAAACGGAUGUCAACCCCUCAACUGUAGUUACGCCAUUCAGCUGUUCUACGGAAGUCGUAGGCUGUUCAAGGGUCGUGAUAUUGUAAAAAUCUCACCCCAACUUCAUGACGCCAUUGUCAAUAACAUCGUCAACUUCAAUGCCAAAGACUGUGAGAAGUGUAUGCAGACAUCAAGUAAAAAGCCAAUUCUACCGAGACGCAGUGUGCCAAAAUGGAAGAAACAAAAGGGUGAAUCUACAGAGCAAAUUUUUCUUCUCUCUGCUGGAUGCAAUGAGGGACAGGUAGUCACUGACAUUACUUUUACUCAAGGCUGCGAGCCUGAGAACUGCCGACUAGGAAGUUGCGGUGCCGUGUUUUCUCUGCUGAGGCAUUUUGUCUUGUUAAUUAGGAGGAGUAAAGCCUUUUGCCUUCCCAUUUUGACUCAGCGUAAGGGGAAGACACAGCGAUUCGAAUGGCCACUGGAUGCGCUUGGCAAUGUGGGUGAUGCAACCGUCGAUCCCUCUCUCUGGCGAUUUUCUAGGUUGGAUGCCUUGGUGGCAACCUCUUCUACUGACUCCACACAGCACCAAAUUGCAUUGCAGACGUCGAGGAAAAAGGAUUUUGCUCAGAACAGACAAAACAUCCGUCCAAGCGAAGAGGAGGAGGAGGAUGCCUUCGGAGGAGGGAUUGAAGGGCGAGAUGUAGUGUUGGCAAGAAGAACCACCUUACGAACCAGUAGUACCAAUCCACCAUCCGACUACAUGGACUACUUCGCGGAUGGAUCCGAGAGGAUAGCGGAAUGGGACAGGACCCAUCGCCUCACCUCUUCCAUCUUUGACGCUCCAGAGGUGGACAGUGACGCACUCUUGAGGCGAGAAGAUGAAAAGAUUGUUAUGCAUCUGCCCAAAGCAAGUUGUCGACUAACCGUGAGUGCGUCUAUAAAAAAGUCCAAAGAAUCAAGUCAACCACAUACAGAGUCGAAAUGCGUCGAGGUCACUCUGCUCCUUGAAAACGCACAAGGAUCUUAUCAGCAGACAGUUAAUCUGCCCAUUCCAACUGGAGGUACUCAAAGGAGUAUCGCACUUAGCAGUACAUCCAAAAGGGCUAAGGAGACACGGAAGAGGGAUGGAGAAGGGGGAGGACUCUUCCAUCAACCAGUCAACGAGGUCAUCCAGGAGUUGGAAGAUCUUGACUGCAUGUUGGAGUCAUACUGGCAGGCCGACAGCCUUGCCAUCACCAAAGUGGCUACAGAGACGAGGCAGUCCCAUCGGAAGUCAGACAAUCAGACCGUCUCCAAGGCUCAAGACCAAAAUGGAAAUGGAUCCAGAUGGACAGCAAAGACAAGGAGGGCGGCUGAAGGCAAACGAGGGUCUUAUUGCAGUGCUGGGGUUCGAGACGGUGGCGAAUCCACCAGGACCACAAUGACGAGGAAAGUCGAUGAAGACAGCCGAUGGUCUCACCAACAAACGCUUCGUCCGACCACCUCCACCGAUGAUGCUCGCAUGAGUAGUGGCUGCAGAGUUGUUGGAGAGGUAGAAGUAGUACGUGAAGCCAUGAGUACGUUCCACGAGCUGGUGGGCAAUCAAAUUCUAUCCACCAACAAUUGUCUGAGGAGUGAUGGAUUGGGACUAUUGGAAGUAGCAGAAAAGGUUGUUGAAGACGAGAGAGAGUCGGUGGAUGGUAGGCAAUAUCCUCACCGAUUAACACUCGAUAUGACAUUCUCUGAUGAAGAUGAUUUCAACGAUGUUGCAUCAAUGUCGUGGAAGGAGAGGAAAAGGAUGGCUGAAGUACCGUUUUUAGAGGAGCGUCUUGUGAAUGUGGAGCAAUUUUGGAUUCGGGAGAGUGAUGAAAGGUACAUCGUUACAGAUGACUAUGAGGAGAGCGAGAACGAAGACUUCACAAUUUUCGUAGAUGAGGGACUGGUCAAGAAAAUCUCUGUGAUGAAACAACAACCGAUCUGCUUGGGUACUUCA